UCAUAGAACCUUUAAGUCGAUAGCGUGGUUUCGGUUUUGCUUAUAGGAAAUCCUCUAUUUCUCGUGAAACAUUUGAAAACUGGACACUGGCCGAAAAUGAUUAAGGAAUUUUUCGAGGAUCGUGAAAUAUUUUUGACUGGAGGAUCGGGCGUCGUGGGAAAGGCUCUAGUUGAAAAACUAUUACGAUCGUGCAAUGUGCGCAAAAUAUAUUUGCUGCUCCGACCCAAGAAAGGUUUAACCAUAGAGGAACGUUUGGACAAACUUAAAAAAGAUCUGAUAUUUCGUCGAUUACAUUCGGAGAAACCCCAUGAAUUUGCCAGCAAAGUUGUGCCCAUACCGGGUGAUGUGUUGCUACCCAUGUUGGGUAUUUCCUGGGAAGAUAGAAAACAAAUGGAAAAUGUCUCCUUGGUUUUUCAUAGUGCGGCUACAGUGCGUUUCGACGAACCCCUUGACUAUGCCAUUAAAGUCAAUGUGGGUGGAACGCAUGAAGCGUUAAAAUUGGCUGAAACUUUGAAAAAUCUCACAGUCUUCAUGCAUAUCUCUACAUUCUUUAGUAACCCGUAUUUAGAUUUUAUUGAGCCAAAAAUAUACCAACCUCCUCUGGAUUGGCGUCUCUGUUUGAAGAUAAGUGAAACCACAACAUAUAUGGACGAAACCCUGCUGUGUGCCAUAACCCAAAAGUUAAUUACGGGUUUUCCCAACACUUAUUCUUUCGCCAAAUGUGUGGCUGAGUCUUUGGUCAACGAUUAUCGUCAUAAAUUACCAGUGGCCAUAUAUCGACCAUCGAUAGUUAUUUUUGCUUUUGAUGAACCAGAACCUGGUUUUCCUUCAUCCCUAACUGGGGCCAUGGGCUUGUUUGCCUUGUAUGGGGCAGGUUUAUUGAAAACCAUCUACAUGCCCAAGAAUCAACGAUUAGAUUUGGCACCUCGAGACCUUGCUAUCAAAACUCUGCUGUACUACAGCGUCAAAACACCUAUGAUCUAUGCACAAAAUCGUCAAACGGAUAUACCAAUUUUUCAUUUAACAUCUUAUACGCACUCAACUAUCACAUUUCCCGAAUACAUCGCAAUUUCGGACAAAACUGGAAUUUUUAUUAAAUAUGCAUUUGAAAAAAAUUUCUUGUUACCUGGUGCGUUUAUAACCGACAACGACUUUUUGUUUCACUUUAUCUUUUUCACUAAGCAAAUCCUACCCGCCCUUCUUGUGGAUAUGCUUUUGAUAGUAAGCGGCCGCAAACCCCAAUUGAUGGGUGUGCAACGUAAAUUAUACCACUCACUGCAUUUGAUGAGACCAUUUACUGUCAAGAAUUUUCGCAGCAGCGGCACAACUUAUGCUGAUGAGUUUGUAAAGUUAUUCAAAGGCACUGAUUUUCAAAUGGAUGCUUUCGAGUUGGGAAACGAUUACAAAAACACUGUGUUUCUCUGUGAAAACAUGGCGUAUAAAGUGCGUGAGAUUCUAUUGAAGGAAGAUCCCUCCACAAUACCGAGAGCUAGAAAAAUAAUGAAAGUAAAAAUAUAUAUCUACAGAGCUAUGCAAAUAUAUUUGGCCUAUAAAAUAUAUUUCGGUUUCAUUAACCCAAUGUUAAGUAAUUGGUCGCUAUAUAUGAUUGCGGAAUUUUUUGAAAAUCGUGAAAUAUUUCUAACUGGCGGAUCGGGUGUUGUUGGUAAAGCACUAGUUGAAAAGCUUCUGCGCUCCUGCAAUGUGCGAAAAAUAUACAUCCUAUUAAGAACCAAGAGAAAUGCAACCAUCGAGGAACGUAUAAAACAGAUGAAAAUGGAUAAGAUAUUCCGGCGUCUAAAUUCGGAAAAACCCAACGAAUUCCUUCAAAAAGUUGUUCCCGUUCCCGGUGAUGUAACACUGCCUAUGCUGGGCAUAACCAAUGAAUAUCUCAAAUUAAUGGAAAAUGUCUCCAUCAUAUAUCACAGUGCGGCAACUGUGCGUUUCAAUGAGACCAUUAAGGAUGCCAUUAGGCUCAAUGUUGGCGGAACUUAUGAGGCCUUGAAAUUUGGGCAAAUGUUAAAAUAUCUCGAUACGUUCAUCUAUAUUUCGACAUUUUUUAGCAAUCCAUAUUUGGAGUAUGUUGAGCCCAAGAUGUAUGAAGCGCCUAUGAAUUGGAAAUUUUGUUUAGACUUGUGCCAGCGCAACGAUAUACCCGAUGAGACCAUGAACAUCAUAACAAAUAAAUUAAUUGUGGGCUUUCCCAAUACCUACACGUUUACCAAAAAUUUAGCUGAGUCUCUGGUCAAUGAUUAUAGAGACAAAUUACCAGUGGCUUUAUAUCGGCCUUCGAUUGUAAUUCAAGCCUUUGACGAUCCGGAGCCUGGUUUCCCCACAUCCCUUUCCGGUGCCAUGGCCCUCUUUACACUCACAGGAGCUGGCAUUCUUAAAACCGUUCACAUGGCAAACGACAUACAAAUAGAUAUGGCCCCAUUGGAUAUAACCACAAAAAGUUUGUUGUACUACACUGUGCGCACCUUUAAUAUGUACACUCAUGCUGUGGAGAGACCAAAUGAGGUGCCAAUUUACCAUGUUUCCUCUUGCAAUCAUACCGAAAUUAAGUUACAUCAAUUAAUUGAUAUAAUGACCAAUUUUAAAAUCUGGCAAAAGGUUGCUUUGGAAAAAAGUCUCUUGCUUCCUGGUAUGUACUAUACUGAGAGUACACUAGUAUACCGAUUAUUGGUUUACACUUUGCAUAUAUUUCCUGCACUUUUGGUGGAUACAUUGCUUAGAAUCAGUGGUCAGCAGCCUGCCUUGAUGAAAAUACAGCGAAAAAUAUUUGUAACAAUGGAAGUUUUGAAGCCAUUCAUGUUCAACAACUAUCGAAGUGAUGGCAUUACAUAUGCUCAGGAAAUGUUAAAAGAACUUCACUGCACCGACUUUGAUAUGGACCCAAUUCAAAGAGCGGCCAAUUAUUACUCAAAUGUUGGCAUCUGUCUCGAUUUGGCCACAAAGUCCCGAGAUGUUCUAUUCAAUGAAGAUCCUUCAACAAUACCUCGUGCAAAAAUUCUACUUAAAAUAAAGGAAUUAUUAUAUCGCUUACUUCAACUAUUUGUGGCAUACAAAAUAUAUUAUGGCGUUUUCGAUCCCAUAAUCAAGGAAUGGAGCACUAGGGAGUAUUUGGAAAAGCUAUUCAAUGACACUCUGUCACGAAAGUGAUUUAUAAUUGGCAAUAAUAUAUGAAAAUAAACUAUGGUUAAUUGAGAAAUGGUUGAUGCUAAUUUGGAAAGCAUA